UUACUUAGCGCGGGUGACGGCUAUUAUCAGAGUUUCUCUUUCUCUAGUCUUCUCUUCGUUUUCUGGGUCAAGCGUCGUUGCUUGUUUAGUUUUCUUCAUUCUCGAGUCGAUCUUUAGCAUCUCCGGGGAGUUGAGGACGCUCAAGAGCUUGGACUUUGAGCUUCUUCUUCUUGAUGGGUUCGUGCUUGAGUUCUGUAAUCAAGUCUAAGCCUCCUCUUCGCAAAGAGGAUGAUAGGCCACUAGAAGAGCCUCUGGAUACUCAAAUAAAAGGUGAAAUCCUACAGUCUCCCAAUUUGAAGAGUUUCUGCUUUAGUGAACUGAAAAAAGCAACGGGAGGCUUCUAUCAUGGUUACUAUUUGGGUGGAGGUAAUUUUGGUCUUGUCUUCAAAGCAUGGAUUGAUGAACAUUCAUUAGAGGCUGCUAUGCCUAACACAGGCAUGCCUAUUGCUGUAAAGAAGCUUGAUCAAAAGCGUUGCCAGGGUCAGCAAGAAUGGUUGACAGAAAUCAAAUUCCUGGGGCAGCUAUGUCAUCCAAAUCUUGUUAAAUUGAUUGGUUAUUCGCUCGAGGAUGAUCAACGUCUUCUGGUCUAUGAGUUCAUGCCAAAUGGCAGCUUGGAGAAUCAUAUAUUUGGAAAGAGUUCUGACAUGCAACCGCUCUCCUGGAAUCUCCGUAUGAAAGUUGCUCUUGGUGCUGCUAGGUGUCUCAAAUUUCUCCAUGAUGAGGUUAAUGCGAUAUAUCGAGACUUUAAAGUUUCAGAUAUUCUACUUGAUGAAAACUUUAACGCAAAGCUCUCUGACUUUGGUUUAGCCAGAGAUGGGCCUAUGGAUGAUAAAACCCAUGUCACCACAAGAGUUAUGGGUACAAUAGGGUAUAUGUGUCCUGAGUAUGUGGCCACAGGUCAUCUAACAAGAAAAAGUGACGUAUACAGUUUCGGGGUGGUCUUCCUCCAAAUUCUAUCUGGCAGGCGAAGUAAAGAAAUAAAUAGACCUCCCGGAGAACAAAAUUUAGUUGAGUGGGCAAAGGCUUCUCUUAGCAGCAAACGUAACGGUUUUCAAGUGUUGGAUAAGCGCAUGGAAGGACAGUAUAAGAUUGGUGACGCGCAAAUAGCACUCCAUCUUGCCCGCCGGUGCUUAUCAAAAGAAGUGAAGGAUAGGCCAAAUAUGGAACAAGUGGUCGAAGUUCUUGAACAACUUUAUAUCCGGAAACAAUGGAGACAUCCAAGGGUAAACCCUGCCAAAGAUCAAUGACAACUUGAGCAAAUAUCAUAGCCAAAGUGUCGAAUAUAUACAGUUUGCUAUAAACAAGCCUGAGUGUCUUCUCCUGUAAUCCUGUUUGCUAACAGAAGAGGGAAAAUGCUUGAUUAUGAUUAACUAUUCAUUUGAGUAAUAAUCCCUGAUACUUCGACUCUUCA